AUACUACUCCUUCAUUCUACAGGAUUAUUUUAUCCUUAACAUAUCAUAAACAUGGCUCCUUCUGCUAUGGCGGGUAGCCCUCCGCCCUCAGACCGAGUGGCCUCCUCCGACUUGGCCAGCUACAAAGCCUAUGACCAUGUGCACUGGUACGUCGGCAACGCAAAGCAAGCCGCGACAUACUACAUCACUCGCAUGGGCUUCAAGAAGGUCGCGUACUGCGGUCUUGAGACGGGUAACCGAGCCAUCUGCUCUCACGUCGUGCGCAACGGCGACAUCACCUUCGUCCUUACCUCUCCCCUCCGAUCCCUUGACCAGAUGGAUCGUGUGAGUCCCGAGCACCGAGAAGUACUUCAGGAGAUCCACCACCACCUGGAAAAGCACGGUGACGGUGUCAAGGAUGUCGCUUUCGAGGUGGACUCUGUGGACUCGGUAUACCAAGCUGCAGUGCGCAACGGAGCCAAGGUCGUCUCGGAGCCGCACACCCUGCGCGAUGCCGACGGCGAGAUCCGAGUGGCGACCAUCCAGACCUAUGGCGAGACCACGCACACUCUGGUCGAGAAGCGCUCGUACCGCGGGGCCUUUAUGCCGGGGUACCGGACGGAAUCGGGCGCUGAGGACCCCAUCUCGGCCUUGCUGCCGGGUGUGCAUCUCAGCCACAUUGACCACUGCGUGGGCAAUCAAGACUGGGAUGAAAUGGAUAAGAUUUGCGAAUAUUACGAGAAGACUCUUGGAUUCCACCGCUUCUGGUCAGUCGACGACAAGGAUAUUUGCACUGAAUUCUCCGCUCUAAAGAGUAUCGUGAUGGCUUCCCCGAACGAGGUUGUCAAAAUGCCUAUCAACGAGCCUGCAAAGGGCAAGAAGCAGUCUCAAAUCGAAGAAUACGUCGACUUCUACAACGGUGCUGGUGUUCAGCACAUCGCUCUCCACACAGACGACAUUAUCCGGGACAUCACCAACCUCAAGGCUCGCGGGGUGGAGUUCAUCAAGGUCCCCGACACAUACUAUGAAAAUUUGAAGGUGCGAAUGAAGAAGACGGGCUUGGUCCUGCAAGAAGACUUCGACACCAUUCGUGGCUUGGAUAUUCUGAUCGACUUUGAUGAGGGCGGUUAUCUCCUGCAGCUGUUCACCAAGCACCUGUUGGAUCGCCCCACUGUCUUCAUUGAGAUCAUCCAGCGACACAACUUCUCUGGAUUCGGCGCCGGGAACUUCAAGUCUCUGUUUGAGGCGAUUGAGCGGGAACAGGAGCUUCGUGGGAACCUGGUUUAGGUUGUCGGGGGGAGAAUGGGACGAUUUACGACUGUAUUGAAU